CUCCAAAUAAUGGCUGUCACAAAGAAGAAGCGUUCAAGGGUUGACUCCAAGAAGAAAAGACUCUUCCACCAAAGAUCCAAAAAGAAGGGCUACAGAAUAAAGGAAAGAACCGCUGUAGAAGACAACCUUAACACGCACGAAGAGGAGGAGAAGGUGCACCAGGACGCCCUCCUUGAGAAGAAGAAAAAGAUUAAUGAAGCCAUACAGGAGCAGGCUGAGAGAAGGAAGGAAAUCAGGAAAGCUAUUAACGAGACUUUUAAAGGAAUUGAGAUCGAAGUUAAAGAGAACACUAAAGUUGAUAAAGACAUUGAGCAGGCUGAGCUUAAGGCAAUCGAUACUAUUGAAAUUGGGGACAUAAUGACACGUAAUGAAGGAGCUUUUGUUGCUACAAACAAGCUGAAUGUGAAGAAAAUAAUGAAGUCGAUCAUGAAAAGUUCUGCAAAGUCCAAGGAAAUUAUCAGUUUGAUCUUGAUUGUCAAUAAUCUGAAGAGCGGCAAGGUAACUGCUGAGGGAAAUGCCCAAUUAAAGCCUAUUAGCAACUUAGAUGACAUCUAUUUGUUCUUUUUGGUGAUACUUCCAGAGCUCAUUGUCAAAUCUAUGAUUCCAAGCUAUACAGUCUCCCAGAAAAAGAGAGAUCUCAAGAAAGUAAACAAGGAAGAAAUGGAUGAUGAAGAAGGUCAUAGCGAAACCCUUACAGCUGAGAACAAAGCUAUUAUCAUGAAAUAUUUAGAAUUAUUCGCAACUAUUUACUCUGAAAUUGAUAAACAAGAAGAUGUUGAAGUUGAUUUACCAAGUCUAGCAGCUAUGCUAUCAGUCAUCAAGACUCAGAAAAUUGGAACUAGGAUCAUUACAAUGCUGUUAGUUGCACUUAAAGAUGGCUCCUUAUCCCAGAAAUUAGUGUCAUCCUAUAUGGAAUUGAACUGAAAACAGAAUAAAAUUUGUAUCGAUAUUGUGCUCAAUGCAUACUUGAACUUAAUUUCUUACACAGAUUUUAAUGAUUUGACAAUUCAGAAGAUGACAAAAGAGACAGUCAAGAUUGCAAAGAAACUUGCACAUAGGCAAUAUCAGUUUAGCUGCUACAGCUUCCUGAAAAAUGUCUGUCGGAAGUAUAGAUUGAAGAUUUUGAAGAACAAAACAGAUGUGUCAGAAAAAGUAGCUGAUGAAAUCAUCUCAGAAAACUAUAUUGGCAUUUUGCAAUAUUUGUCCACUUUUAUCAAUGCUUAUGAAAUUGAAGGAAAAGUAGAGAACCCUAUCAGAGAUAGUUAUGAAAGCGUUCUAUUAUUGAUCUCUGAGACACUGGCCUUUAUUGGAACUGAGAUUACUAUCUUUAUGCCUUACUUACUUCGUUUGGUUAAGUUGUACAAUAAGACUCUUUAUAUAUACUGAAAGUACCUUGAAAAUGAUAACCAGACGACCAAUCUAACAAUCUCAUCUUACAUUUUAUCAAUUUUAGAGAAGAAUGAUAAAUUUUUCAACAAGGAUCCUGAAUCUGCCAAAAAGAAAGAUCUUAAAACAAGCGGAAACCUAAUCCAAAUCACUAAGGAGCAGUACAACAGUGGAGUUAUGGUCAACAAGUACUUCCAAGAACUUUUGAACUGUUUGAAAGUCUCAAUUGCUCUUAACUACAACAGGGGCGCUAACAUUGGUUUCCCCGAGUUCGUGAUCAGCAUCUGCUACAGACUCAGGAAGAUAGUCAAGAAUCACCAGAGUAUGAUCUCUAACCUGAAGAUCAAGAGUAAUCAGGAAGGAAAGAAGGAUUCCAAAACCCAUGUGUAUAAAGCCAGGGAGCUCAAGCUUGAGAAACUGAUUGAGGCAACACAGAAGGCUACUAAAUACACUGUUGAUUUGCGUAAUGAGUAUAUCAAAUCAGUUACAGUCGAUACGCAUGAUAUUAAAAAGAUGAUAUCCUGGCUAUCUGCAGGUACAACCCAAUCCACAGAGGUGAGUGACACCCAGAAGAAGCUUAAAGGGAAACCCUCUGGAGUCAAGGACCCCUGCAGUCUUUAUAGAGAAGGUAUAAGCUUGGUUAAAGCUUAAUAGUAUGCAAAAAUAGCUGAUUUCAAAAA